CCGCUGUUGGCGUUGGCGGGGCCGCGCUCGCUGCUGGCUGCUCGUGCCCGCGCGGGCGCGCUCCCGGCCCGGCCAUGGCGGAGCUGAGCGCGGAGCGGCUGCGGGCGCUGCCCGGCUCCUGGAGUUACGGCAUCAGCCAGGGCGGCCGCGUCUUCUUCAUCAACGAGGAGGCGAAGAGCACGACCUGGCUGCACCCGCUCACCGGCGAGGCCGUGAUCACCGGGCACCGCCGCAGCGCAGACUUACCCACGGGUUGGGAGGAAGCAUAUACUUUUGAAGGUGCAAGAUAUUAUGUCAAUCACAAUGAACGGAAGGUAACCUGCAAACACCCAGUGACAGGACAGCCAUCACAGGACAACUGCAUUUUUGUUGUGAAUGAGCAGACUGCUGCAGCAAUGUCAUCUGAAGAGAAGAAGGAGCGACCUGUAAGCAUGAUAUGUGAAGCAACUAACUAUAAUCUGGCAUCAGAUUAUGCUGCUCAUCCCAUGAGCCCUGUGGGCAGAACAUCAAGAUCUUCAAAGAAGGUUCAUAAUUUUGGGAAGAGGUCGAACUCCAUCAAGAGAAAUCCCAAUGCUCCAGUUGUCAGGCGGGGCUGGCUCUACAAACAGGACAGCACUGGGAUGAAGCUCUGGAAGAAGAGGUGGUUUGUGCUCUCAGAUCUCUGUCUCUUCUAUUACAGAGAUGAGAAGGAGGAAGGAAUCCUGGGGAGCAUCCUCCUGCCCAGCUUCCAGAUCUCGCUGUCAGCCGAGGACCACAUCACCCGCAAAUACGCCUUCAAGGCAGCUCAUCCAAACAUGAGGACCUAUUAUUUCUGCACAGAUACAGGGAAGGAAAUGGAGUUGUGGAUGAAAGCCAUGAUAGAUGCAGCACUUGUGCAAACAGAGCCUGUGAAAAGGAUAGAGAAGUUCACUGUUGAAAAUACAUCCCCUCGAGAGGCAAACAGUAUUGCAAACCACCGGGUGCUGAUCAAGCCAGAGGCACAAAACAACCAGAAAAACAAGGAGGCCAGCAGAAACGAGGAGAAGAAAGCUCUGGAAGCUGAGAAAUACGGAUUCCAGAAAGUGGGGCAGGACAAGCCCCUGACCAAAAUCAACAGCGUGAAGCUGAGCGCGCUGGGCUGCGAGUACAGGACCCUGCCCAUCAGCAGCAUCCCCGGGGGACCCCCGAGGGCAGUGCCUGUGAAUGGAGCGGGGAGCAGGGCCCUGGCAGAGGCUGGGGACGCGCAGCAGCACGAGGCGGAGCGCGCCAUGCAGAGAACCAGCUCCAUGCUGCAGCUGGAGCAGUGGAUCAGAGUGCAGAGGGGCAGGGGCCAGGAGGAGGAAACAAGAGGCGCGCUCUCGUACCAGACGCUGCCCCGGAACAUGCCGAGCCACCGCGGGCCGGCGCAGCCGCGCUUCCCCGAGGGCUACAGGACGCUGCCCAGGAACAGCAAGGCGCGCCCCGACAGCCUGUGCGCCGUGCCCCACGAGGACAAGCGGCGCUCCAUGCGCGACGACACCAUGUGGCAGCUCUACGAGUGGCAGCAGCGCCAGUUCUACAGCAAGCAGGGCACGCUGGGCCGGCACGGCGGCCUGGGCAGCCCCAAGGCCGUGGGCGGCCUGUGCGAGCAGCCGCUGGCCUCCAUCCCCACGUCCCCCUCGCACGGCUCGCUGGCGGCGCUGGCGGCCUUCUCCCCGCAGCGCCAGUACCGCUCCGAGCUGUCGUCCCCUGUGCAGAGGGGAGACGUCACCCUGGAGCGCAGGCACAGGGCGCACCACGCCAAGCAUGUCUAUGUGCCUGACAGAAGGUCGAUGCCAGCAGGUCUGACUUUACAGCCUGUUACUCCUCAGAGCCUCCAGGGCAAAACACCGGAGGAGCUGACGCUGCUGCUCAUAAAGCUGCGACGGCAGCAGGCGGAGCUGACUAGUAUCCGGGAGCACACACUAGCACAGCUCAUGCAGCUAAAGCUUGAGGCCAGCAGCCCAAAGAAUGAGAUUCUUUCACAUCACCUUCAAAGGAAUGCCAUAUAUUUGGAUCACCAGAUGAAAGAGAAUGAACCUUUAAUCACCAUGGUUCACACUAUGAUUGAGAACUCGGCGCUAAGACCGCAACUGUACCAUCAAUUAACACAAGAAGAAUGUAGGGGUACACUAUACAAAUAUAGAACUGAAGAGCUGGACAUUGAUGCUAAGCUGAGCCGUUUAUGUGAGCAGGAUAAAGUUGUGCAAGCACUGGAGGAGAAGCUUCAACAGCUACACAAGGAGAAAUACACGCUUGAGCAAGCCCUGCUGUCAGCCAGCCAGGAGAUAGAGAUGCAUGCAGAUAACCCAGCAGCCAUCCAGAGCGUGGUGCUGCAGAGGGACGACCUGCAGAACGGGCUGCUCAGCACCUGCCGGGAGGUGUCCCGGGCCACUGCAGAACUGGAAAGAGCUUGGAGAGAAUAUGAUAAAUUGGAGUAUGAUGUGACUGUAACAAGGAACCAUAUGCAGGAGCAGCUCGAUCGGCUGGGAGAAAUUCAGACUGAAUCAGCAGGGAUACAGCGUGCUCAGAUUCAGAAGGAACUGUGGAGAAUUCAGGACGUCAUGGAGGGUUUACUUAAACAUAAACAGCAAAGAAGCUCUUCUGAGGCAGGCAUCAUGGUAUCAAGGACAUUUUCUUCUAUUAAAUAUAAAAAUGAGGGUCCUGAUUAUAGGCUUUAUAAGAGCGAGCCCGAGCUGACCACAGUAGCAGAAGUGGAUGAGUCUAAUGGUGAAGAGAAAACAGAGCCAAUCUCAGAAUCAGAAUCUUCUGCCAAAGGCUCACAUUUCCCUGUGGGAGUUGUGCCACCCAGAACCAAAUCCCCAACGCCAGAGUCCUCAACAAUAGCAUCCUAUGUCACUCUGAGGAAGAACAAGAAGAUAGAUCUCAGAACGGAAAGACCAAGAAGUGCAGUGGAGCAGCUGUGCCUUGCAGAGGGCUCACGGCCUCGGAUGACUGUGGAGGAGCAGAUGGAGAGAAUAAAGAGACACCAGCAGGCCUGUCUGAGAGAGAAGAGGAAAGGACUCAACAUCAUUGGUGUUUCAGAGCAGGCUCCUUCCCAGAGCUGCUCCUCUGCCAGGGAUAAUCCAUUCAAACUGGCACAGAAUCGGAAAAAGGAUGAUGCAGUGUCUGCUAACAUGAAGGAGUCAGAGAGCACCAGUAGAGAAAAUAAUUUGAAACAGAAUAAUGGAAGUCCUGGAGAAGAAAUAGCACAGCUGAAAAACAAUGGAGAUCAGGAGCAUAAUUCAAGUUUUACUGAAGAGCUGUCAAAAACUGAUGAUCUUUUAUCAGAUGCACAUGUUGUAUCUGACUCAAAAGAAGUGAAUAAUGAAGAGAAGGCAGAAAAGAAAAAUAAAUUGGAAGAAACACAUGAUGGUGAUAUAAGCUUGCAGAAUGUGACCACAGUUGCAAACCACAAACCCAAAACCAGCUCAGAAGAAAGUGAAGUACUUAGUGUUCAAGAACAAGAAGGGAUUGUGUCUUCAUUUGAAUUAGCAGCACAGUCUUCAAAAGGAAAUCAGGCAGCAGCAGUGAAAAGUUUGCCUUCUUCACCAGAAUCAUCCUUGUCACCAGCUCCAUCCACACAGACACAGCUGACAGAAGGAUCCCAUUUCAUCACUGACAGCUUCUGUUGAAACAAUUCAUGCCUGAGAUGUAUGGACCUGACCUAUGAAAAUAUGAGAAGAUAUUGUACAGUAUAUUUUAAAUCUAUGAAAUUCAUAGUUCUGAUGCUUUUGGCCACAGAGCAUCGUUUUAUCACUUCCUGGAAAAUGUUUAUUCCAAGAGAGCUUUAAAUGGCCCACGUGUACACUCAACAACCUUCAGAUUGUUCUCCUGAUACCAGCUUGCUGCUACCAUUGCUGUGCACAUAAAUAAAGGCUCUUUUCAGUGUGCAGCCUACAGUCAGAACUUUAUUUGCUGUUCUUCAGAAUUUAAUGUUCUUUUAAUGAUGGAUCAUGUAAGUUUACUUUUUUUGCUUCUUUUAGAUGCAUAAUUUGGUUAAUUUUACAUAUCACCACUAAACCUUGUUUUACAUUUUUUAAACAUUACAAUUUAUUGUUUUAACAAUUUAUUUGUAAAAUUUUUAUAUAUAUAUACAUAUAGAUAUAUUUAAAAUGUGCCAUUUUUAUUAUUGCUUAGUAAAAGAUGUCCUGUUUCUGCUGUAAUGAUUUCUUGGUCAGGUUGCAAUGUCAGCAGUUACUGCCACACCUCUGUCAACAUAGACAUUAAUGUUAGUGGUUACUUUUUCUUGACUAAAAUGGAGUGUAGGUAUUUUGAGGUACUGGGCUUUUCCUUCAUGGGGUUAGGGUGUGUACAGCAAUAAGCAGGUUUUCAAUCCAGUACUUAGUUUGUGUACAAAUGUAAUUAUGUUCAUUGUGUAUAUAUUAUACAAUGAGCACAUAUGAUGUAAGUAUGAGAAGCCACUUACUAUUGUUCAGAUACGAAUGUUCAUAUCCCAUUCCUUUUCUAUCAUAUUAAAUAAAUGUGGAUGUUCUUAAGGACUGGCACGGUUAGUAUUUCUUCCAGCAGACAGAUGUCACACUGUGUUCCACCUUUUGAUGUGGGGAGUGCAACAAUUCCUCUCCCACUGGCAGCACCUCCUGUCAAGCAGAGUAGCAGUGACAGACUCUUACGAGAUCCCAGUCUUCCUCUUCGGGAAAGAACGCAGGCUGCAGCACAGAGCAAAGCAGCCAGCCUGAGACUGAGCUGCAGGAAAUACAGGUUCAGCUGCUGGCUCUCCCAGACUGCUGCUGUGAUUCUGGAAUAAUCACUUAGUCAUUCUGUGCCUGCCUUCCCUGCCUGUUUACACGGGAGGUAAUAGCCUUAGUGGGGUGUGGUGAGCACUAAUUCAAUAUUUGCAAACGCUGAUUGCCAAGUUCAUUGGGGUUAAGGAGAGAAGUGUGAUGAUUCCUGGAGGCUUUGGCAUCUGCACAGCAUCUUCCAGAAACUGGAAGAAAACCCGAAAUAAUCUGUCAAGUGUUGUCACGCUACAGAUGUUAGCAGCUUCGCUGUUCCGUCUCGCACAGCUGCCUGAGAGAAAAGAGGUUUAGAAAAGAAGUAAGAAAAACGAAAAUAUUUCAGGGAAAGCUUUUCAAUCAAGGAUGGAAAGCUAAGGAAUCUUUUGCAGGUUCAGGCAGCUGCUGUGUGCUUCAGUGCAUGUGUGUGCCAUAAGUGGUAAGGCAAGUUUCACAGGGAGGCAGCUGCCAGCUCCUGCUGUGCUUUUUUAUCAUACAGAUCAUAUCCUGAUCAAGUUAAUAUUGCUGUUCUAGAAACUAAAUGUAAUUCACUGUGCUUUUCCACAGAGGAGUGCCUGAUACUGGCACACAGUUUGAAAUGACAUUGCCAUUGCCCCUCUGCCCAAGUAGGAGUUUGUGUUUGUUGGAUUCUUCUGGCACUCCCUGCUCUGCCGCCAGUUUUUCCUGGUGCUCUUUGCCACAGAGAUACAGACUGUGUUGUCUGGCUACCUGUUGUUCUGCCAUUUUCUCUGAAAAGUGAAAAACUAGGGGUCAGAAUUGUGCAGCAGAGCCUGGAGGGGUCACAGUGGAAGAGGGGGCUGAAGGAAAGAGGAAUGGUGAUGCAGGCAGACAGCAUCGAGCUGAAAAGGUACCACAUCACCCUCUGUUCUUUGGAACAGCAGCCCCAAAUUAGUGCAUCCUUCCAUCCAAAGCCAGAGCAAAGAAGAGGAAUGUGGUUUUAUUGCUCAACCAACCCAGGCUCAAGUGCAGUGGCAUCACUGAACACCUGAGGCAAAGCAAACAGGACACACCCUGUUCUCUCCCUAACCCAGAGAGCUGCUUGCUGUCAGGCUUUGCAAUCUCUUUCUGCCCUUGCUGCCAAGAAAAGAAUUGCAGCCAAUGAAGGAAAGAAUGACUAAGUGAUUUUUGGACACCUAUAGAUGUUUUCUCUGUUGGUUUGGUGUAUCUGCAAGGAACGUGCAGUUCAUGAUGGAGCUGAGCAAGGGGGAGAGAAGAGCAAGUUUUGCUGAUAGAGCUGUUGGCAAAGACAGCAAAGGUGAAUGAUGCAGGAAUGCAGUAAUGAUCAUAGACUAUAAUUUCACUUCCUCUGGGCACUUGCUGCAAAGACUUGGAGUUUCAUUGGGUGCUCUAUUUUUUUGUCUUAUUAAAAAAAAAAAUAAAUGUAUGGCUUUGUGCUCUCACAGAGCAUCUACUGUUUCUUACCUCAUCAGAAUAACUCAUCCCAGUGAUCGUACUCCUGAGAUACAGAAAUAUCAGAAUACUGAUAUGGUCAGCCUUCAAACAUCUAUUUUAAGUUUGUAUCUAGGAUAUUUUUAUAUUUCUGACUGAUUGCUUUAUUGGCUAUUGCACUGACACUUGUAUAUAUAGAACGUGCUUUUUUUUUCAAAAGCAGGAGUCCUUAGGAAUAAUGCAACACAUUCUCUACAGAUGUUCAUGCUUUUCAGAACCAAUUACAUCUAUUUUUGUCUUUUGUUCACCAUUUGCAUUGUUCCAAGGCUACUAGAGAAUGUGAUUCUUUUAAGUCCCUUAAUAAAGUGACAUUACUCAAAAAGUUA